AUUAGAAAUUUAAACUUAACGCAAAACCAAGCCCUCCUGUCUGGCGAACAGUGGACGGACUCGAAAGGAGAAAAGUACCUUUUUUUAUUGUUUCUUUCAAUGCACAAGGGUGUGAAAGAAAAAACACGUUGGUGACAGUAUUUACGUUGGAUACAGUGAUCGGCGCUUUUUUGUUGUGUUUUUGGUUUUUUUUUUCCUGAAUUAGAUCUGUCGUGGCUGAGCCUACCUUCUGCCUUCCCUCUCGGAGCGUCAAGGUUCCUGCUGCACACAUCUGGUUUUUGUUCUCUUUUCGAGCAGGAUUUUCAUUCUGGUGCUUUUUGGAUAUCAAAGUUGUCUGGAAAACAUUUUUUUUUUAAUUAUUACUAUAACAGGAAGGCUGAUACCAUUCUUAGCUGUUGCAAAAAAAAUAAUCCUAUAUGUAUAAAGCUCUCUUCAAAUAUCUUUUGUUUGCUAUAAGUUCCUGCGUUGCUUGUAUAAGCAAAUCUGUUCCGAGAAGACUUUAUCAGCCGGUCGCAGCUCUGGGAUUUUCUUUUUCCUGUUAAGAGGCUCGGACAGGCUGGUGUGCUGAGACACGGGGACUCCUGAGCACGUAUGUGAGAGGUCUUGGAGGUUGCCUGGCCGGGGUUCAUGGUGGGCUCUGCUCCUCCGCUCCCGGCGUUUUGGACAAAAUGUACGAACGCCACAAGAGGCGAUACAGCCUGUGCGACAUUUCCAAGGUGGACAGGACUGUAGAUGUUGUGUUGUUAAAGAUAAACCGCGAGAGCUGGUGUUCGCUGGAGCCAUGUCCCGAUUCUUCCCUGCUGGAGCGCAAGCGGACGCAGGAGUCUCCAGAAUGUGAGAAUUUCUUGGAGGAUGGGCUGAGUAGCGUCUGCACCUCGUCACAAGGUGUCCUUAAAAGAGAGUCCGGGAGCGAGUCUGACCUCUUCCCUUUGCCUGGUGAUGGGAUGGAAGACCUUGUCUUUGGAAAGCAGCCUGAAGAGGAGCAGUCUGCAUGCGAUGUCACCAGCUCCAGUUCCUCUGCAGAUGACACUAUGUCCCUGGAGAGGAACUCAUCCCUGGGCAGCGACACGUCCCUUCCCUUCCCACCGACAGUGAACUUCAUCCAGCCCAAGGACGGGCACAGCCUGGAUGGCAGCUGCACCAACAUGGUGGCCACAGAGGGAGAGAAGGAAGAGGAGCUGGACAGUAUCACGGAUGUGCCCACUCAUUCCUCCGUCUUACGGAACUCCAUGCGACCGCUGUCACCUUUCCGUCGACACAGCUGGGGGCCAGGGAAGAACGCCACCAACGAAGCAGAAAUUAAUCAGAGAAGUUCAAUGCGAGUUCUGGGGGAUGGUAUAAAGAAGCCUCCCAUUCAUAGGAGAAGUUUGAGCUGGUGUCCCUCUGGUGUACAAUUCAUUGCCAUGGGUCCUGACUUUACUUGUAGAAGUUACAGCCUAGAAGGCCUUACUGGAGACUCUGAUGAGAACAAGAAGCCCUCUGGAAACUUGGAGGCUUCUUCUCUGAGCUCCAAAGACCUCAGACGGAGUCCGCUUGCCAACAAUCAGUGCGGGUCCCUGGUCUUACUCUCUGAAGAGCUCGAGCAGAGGGAAAUCAGAGACUAUGAUCACCAGAUGCAUCAAACAUCGCAGCCGCAAGGAUUUAAUUUCUGUUCUUCCGCUGUUUCAUCUCCACUGACCAAAUCUAUGUCUCUAAUGUCAAUUAACAAACCAGUACCAGACAAUACGCAGGUGUUCGUCGGCCCUCCGGGUUCCUCAGUUCAGAGCAUAUCUGAAGAGAGCAGCAGUGUCCACACUAGUAAAGGUGGAACGAAAGUCAGUCGCACCUUCAGCUACCUCAGGAAUAAAAUGUCCAGCAGCAAGAAGAGCAAAGAAAAAGAGAAAGAUAAAGAGAAGACUAAAGAGAAGGACAAAGAUUCCAAGGAGAAGGAAAAAGAUAAGAAGCUGUUAAACGGACAUCUCUUCACUGCAACUUCUGUUGUAGCCCAAGCAACCUGUUACCACUGUAUGAAACCUUUCAAUAAGGAUUCGUACUACUGUGCAAACUGCAAUGCAAUUGUUCACAAAGGCUGUAAGGAGAGUUUUGCUUCUUGUGCAAAGGUCAAAAUGAAGCCACAGAGAGGGAUGCUGCAGGCCCAUGAUACCUCUUCAUUACCCACAGUAACCAUGAGAAACAAAAGUUCACAACCAAAGGAGCGCCCUCGCUCUGCAAUACUUGCUCCUGAUGAAAACACCAUAACCUCAAUAUUCAAUAACAGGAGAUCACAACAGACUACGGCACUUUCAAAAAGUGUCUCAAUACAGAACAUUGCAGGAGUUGGGAACGAUGACAGCUUAUUACACACUUGGAAAUUCCUGUCGCAGUCAACAGACUCCUUACAUAAAAUCAGCCGGGUGAAUGAAUCCAUGGAGUCACUGGUUGAUGAAGGUGCAGACAUGAAUGAAGGACAGCUGAUGGGAGACCUGGAAUUAGAUUCCAAGCAGCUGGAGGCAGAGUCCUGGAGUCAAGUAGUGGACAGCAAGUUCCUACAGCAGCAAAACAAAGACGUUGUCAAACGGCAAGAUGUCAUUUACGAGCUAAUGCAGACAGAAAUGCAUCACGUCCGCACCCUGAAGAUCAUGAACGAUGUAUACAGUGCAGGGAUGUUAAAGGAACUGCAGUACGAUCAACAAGUUGUGGACAAGAUCUUUCCCUGCCUGGAAAACUUGCUGCAUAUCCACAGUCACUUCUUCCAGCGGAUUCUGGAAAGGAAGAAGGAGUCGUUGGCAGACAAAAGUGAAAAGAACUUUGUUAUCAAGAGGAUAGGUGACAUCCUGGUGAAUCAAUUCUCCGGUGAGAAUGCGGAGCGAAUGAAGAAAACAUAUGGGAAAUUCUGCGGGCAUCACAAUGAGGCAGUAAAUAACUUCAAAGAUCUGUACGCAAAGGACAAGCGGUUUCAGGCAUUUGUCAAGAAAAAAAUGAGCAGCUCCCUGGUGAGGCGUCUUGGGAUUUCUGAAUGUAUCUUGUUGGUAACACAGAGAAUCACAAAGUACCCGGUCCUUUUACAAAGGAUUCUGCAGUACACCAAAGAAAAUGAAGUGGAACAUGAAGACCUGACUCAGUCAUUAAACCUUGUUAAAGAUGUCAUCGCUGCAGUCAAUAGCAAAGUCAGCAAUUACGAAAAGAAAAUGCGUCUUGGUGAGAUUUACAACCGGACAGAUAGCAAGUCCAUCAUGAGGAUGAAGAGUGGCCAGAUGUUUGCAAGAGAGGACUUGAGGCAUCGGAAGCUCAUCCGAGAUGGGCCUGUUUCACUGAAAAAUGCAGCUGGCCGGUUAAAAGAAGUCCAGGCUGUUCUUCUCUCUGACGUGCUCGUAUUCCUUCAGGAGAAGGACCAGAAGUAUGUCUUUGCCUCACUGGACCAGAAAUCCACUGUGAUCUCUCUGAAGAAGCUGAUCGUACGAGAAGUGGCUCAUGAAGAGAAGGGUUUGUUCCUGAUCAGUAUGGGUGUAAAAGAUCCCGAAAUGGUGGAAGUCCAUGCCAGCUCCAAAGAAGAGCGUAACGGCUGGAUACAGAUCAUUCAAGACACAAUGAACACCAUGGAUAAAGAUGAAGACGAAGGAGUCCCUUGUGAGUCUGAGUUUGAAAAGAAAUUGUCGGACGCAAAAGUGAGAGGACUGAAAGAACAACUUCAGCAGAAGGAUAAGCAGAUCCUCCUUUUGCUGGAGGAGAAGGCUAAGAUCUUCCGGGACAUGGCAGACAGUCCUGUGCAGGAGGACAUGCCAGGCUCCAGGCUGCUCUUCAGAGCCAACACAGAAGAGGCACCAAAAGGAGAGGCCAUUAUGAAAACCGCAAUAAAUGAAGUUGAACUGCUGCAAGACCUGGUGAACAGGAGCCUGGGCACUGCCCUCGGACAGCAGGUCAGCAGCACCGCCAUGGAACAAGAAGGAGGAGUUGGCCCCAUCUCUCUCCCUAGAAGGGCAGAAACUUUUGGAGGAUUUGACAGUCAUCAGAUGAACUCCUCCAAGUGUGGAGCGAAAGAUGAAGGCGACGAUGCUCAGGACCUUCGGAGAACAGAGUCAGACAGCGUUUUAAAGAAGGGUGGAAAUGCUAAUCUGACGUUCAUGUUGAAAAGGAAUAACGAGCAGGUCCUCCAAAGCAUUACCAGCCUCCAUAAGCUGCUCAGUGCUUUGCAGGGCGUCGUGCUGCAGCAGGACACCUACAUUGAGGACCAGAAGCUGGCCCUGAGUGAGAGGGCUCUGACCCGAAGCUUCUUCCGGCCGACCUCGCUGCUGGAGCAGGAGAAGCAGCGCAACCUGGAGAAGCAGCGCCAGGAGUUGGCCAACCUGAAGAAGCAGCAGACACAGCACCAGGAGGAGAGACGGAGGAGAGAGAAGGAGUGGGAAGUCCGGGAGAAGGAGCUGGUGGAGCAGGAGGCCCACCUGGCCCAGCGAGAGGAGCAGAUCCAGAGAGGGUGGCAGGAUCUUGAGCGGGAGCGAGAGGAGCUGCAGGUGAAGAAGGCCUCCUACCAGCUCGACCUGGAGAGGCUUCGCACGGCACAGAAGCAGCUGGAAAGGGAGAAGGUGCAGUUCAAGCAAGAUGUGGAACGAUUAGCUCAAAUGCGGCAGGAACCUGACCACAACCAGGUUUCAAAUCUACAUGAGAAACUUGCAAGAGUCCCCUCCCAGUCCAGCAUCGAUGACUCCUCCAAGCAGAAAAGCCCUUCCCUUCCUAAACAAGGGCACUUUGAUGCAGAACUGUCUGUCUCCCCCAAAAGGAACAGUCUUUCAAGGACACACAAAGAGAAAAGCACUUUCCAUUUGCUUAGCACAACAAACCAGACUAACAAGGCAGCUGAGGAACAGCCCCAGAUGCCUACCCGCCUCUUCAGUUUAGCCAAACCAAAGGACAAGAAGGAAAAGAAGAAAAAGGGCAGAGGACAUCGCUCCCAGCAGUCUGAUUCUCAUUCAUCAGAAGCACCUCCAGAGGGUGAGGAGAUCUUCUGCUGAGCAUGGACGGUUCCAUCGGUCACUCUCAGCAUUGGUACAGUGGACAUCUCCUUGCCUGCAUCUGACAAGCAUCUGGAGGUUUUAAAUAAAACAUGUUAUGAAGUCUGUUAAGUGGUGGGAGAGGGCCUCUCUCCUGUGGUUUUGCGUGAAUUCUCACCGCAGAGGCUGACUACAUGGCAAAUAGUACCGUCUCUCUGUGCAAACCUUGGGUUAAAUGGAUUGGGAUAGAUGUUUUCUGUCUCUUCUUACUACUAAGGGAUGAGAGAACAUAGCCUUAAGGGGUCUGUGCCUUCAAAUUCCCCUUUUCUGGGGAACGUAACAAAACCCAAGCAUUUAGUGAAAGAUUAGGACUCUACAAAUGGUGCGUACACACUGGCAUAUAUAGAUAUACUGUAUAUAUACAUAUAUGUAUCUAUGUAUCCACUGGGAUAUGCUUACAGUCUGUACAGCCAAGCUUAGCUCGGCCCAUGGGGAUAGAUGAUACCUGAUGACUUUCAGGGAGCGUGUAGAUAUUAAAUAUCUUGCCCAUACUGCUCCAGGUGUAACGCCAUGGACUUGCACGCUCCUUUUGUGCUCAUGGUAUACGGACUGUUUGGUUUCAGAAAGGUACCUUACACCAGGAAGCAGUAACAGCAUUUGAAACAAAAAUUCAGAGGGGAAAAAAAAUAAAGUUGAAAGUAAUUCUGAAAGAUUUCCAUGAGGCAGAGGAUUUAAAUGUCAAACUGUUUCCAGAAUCAAGCAGAACGUCUUUGGAUAUGUUUAAAACGAUGCAGAAAAGAGAAAUUUGGUAGGCUUGUAAGGCAACCCCAGGGAGUCAGAACAGACAGUGUUCAAGUGGGAACAACUCUAAGCAACUUUUUUUUUAAUGCAAUCUCUUUGAGCUCCAGCUCACUCCUUCCCGUACCCUAAGUAAAGGUGAUUUUUUUUUUUUUUCCUGCCAGAGUAUAGUUCUCCAGUUGCUUUGACACCCUUUCAUUACAAGCCUGGUGACUUACUGGAGAGAUGGCUGAAAAUCUGCUUUUAGGGACCUUUGUUCUGUUGUUUGUAUUUUUUUCCCCCACUUUUUGUGUUACCGUUGGGCUUCUGUUUCUCUGGAUUUUGUCAGCUUCCCUGGCUCGUUUCUAAGGCAGAAUGAGACAACAGCAGUUUUCAGAGCCACUUCAGUGAGACGUCAUAGCUCAGGGGACCGAGUGCGGUGAGCAAACUCCAAAGAGGCAGCUCCUAGUCCCUCUGCCUAUACAGUGCCGUGCGCUUAUUAACCAUUUCUGGGGAGACGAUACAUUCUCAUGGACAGCAACGCUGUGGGAGAGGUCUGAAGGUCUAGUGUGGCAGGUCCCCUUCUGUCGCCGUGGGCUCUAGGUGAAAGUGUCCCCGCAUUGCCAUCAGCAGAAGGGGCAGGUCUGAGGGUGGCUCCUUCUGUGCCGACUGUGAGGUGUGUGUACAGCUGUUGAAUACAGGGAUGUCUUCAGCAGGGGAAGAGAAAUGAAGCGAGCCAAACUUUUUUCCAAAAUUAUUGUUCUUCCAAACCCUCUCAGGGGAAUUGCCUGAGCGGAUUUGUAAAUGGUUACGAGAUGCUAUCAGCUUCAAAAUAGCUCAAGGGUUUGCUCAGAGUUUGAAACUGUCAAGUGCAUUUCCUUGCCUACCAGUUUUUCUUCAAGAAAAAAGAAAUAUUUCUCUUCUUGCACUAUUGUUUGAUUUCAGUUUGCGCUCUCUGGCUUCUCACAAGCUAGUAACCUGCAGCAGUUUUCAGAGCUCGGUGCUGAUGAGUAUCAGCAGCAUUGAUGGUGAGGUGGAUGCUUAGACUGGUCUGUCUUCGUCAGUGCAGGAAUCCUAAACUGCCUGCUUGCUUUUGCAGCUCUCUAAACUAUUAAGACUAAAAAAAAAAAAAAAAGGAAGAAAGAAAGGAAAAAGGUUUGAGAUUUAUUUUUAUUUUGCUUUUUUAAUAUUAUUUGGUGCUUGUUCUUAAUUGCAAGCAGGGCUUGCAAAAAAUAUUUAUCUUUCUGUUUAUUUGAAAGAGUUCUUUUUUUAAAAAGAAGUUUACUUGGUUUUAUUUUUUUAUUUCUUUUUACUUUUUAUUUUGCUUUUGUUUGGGGGUUUGAGGGAUGGUUUGGUUGGGGUUUUUUUUCCUUUUUUGUUUUGUUUUUUUUUGUUUUUUUUUACCAAGAGAUUGGUAAACCAAAUAUUCUUAUCUCCCUGGUUACUACAAAACCAGGGUUUGGGCGGUGCUGCUUAGCAGCCCAUGCCAUGCCCAGAGUUAGAAAAUUUCACCUGAGAGCUUUGUUUAAGGCAGAGCAUCUUUGGGCCAAAAAAAGUCUGGAAAAAGAAGCAGUGACUUUGGACAAGACUCCUACUAUCAGUUAGUUUCUUGUUUAAAUAUUUUUGUUGAAGUUUUCUCAUACCUCUUGGAGACAAAGGAAAAAGCAAAGCAUGGAGCAUCUGGCAGUGAUGUGAGGGUCAGGUCCCUUGUCCAGGGAGAUCCAGGCAGCUCUUCUCCUGAACCCGAAAGGAGCCGGAGGAAGCAUGUGCUGGUGUUGUGGUGUUAUCUUUUUCAUAAGAAAAACACCAUUUUCACAAAAUAAAUUCUGCCCUGCUAUUUGUACAUCUGUGAAAAUGAAUGUGCCAAGCUGAAAUUUUUGGAAACCAAAGCAGUGCAUGGUUCAUUUACUGUUGUGUAAACAGAGAUCAUGUCCCCGGUAUUUCUGAAAGUUCCCCUCAGCCUGUAAUAACCCUUGCCAGUAUGAGCUUUUCUUUUCAUCCCGCUGUCUUUUCCCUAGUCCUGACACAUCUUGAAUUCGUGACACGGGAAUGUCCCAUGGCUCUGAGAAGGGCGUCAAAAGGGAGAUGUGUGACCCAGGGCAGCAGGGCAGAGUCUCUGCCUGGCUUGACCAUCUCUUCUGACCUGUGCAAAUCAAAAUGAGCAUUCAGUGCCCUAAGUGAAAAUAGUAUUUGCUAAGUGAUCUCCUGAGGUCCCCAUGGUUCCUUGUCAAAGAAACCACAGGUGGGAGUCAGAAAUACACUGACCAGAAAUAGUGCAUAUCGAAACUGUUUGUGUCUUAAAUUCUGGUGGACAGACCUUUGUCCCUGGAAGAUGUAUGUUACUGUAUGAUUCACUUUUUUGGAAUGAAGCCUUUACUCCCACACUGCUUCCUCCAUCUUUCACCUUUAGGAAGGCAAGGGCUUGUUUUUAUCUCGUCAGCCUUUUAUUUUUUCCCUCUCAGGUUUUCUUUGGAAAGGCUUGGCAUAGGUUCCCAGAGUCGGAUUCCCACUCUGAUCCCUGCAGGUUGCCUGGGGUUGUCUGCUAGAGUAUGGUCCCAGCUUUACAGCACCAAAGCCUUUCCUCUUCCUGGCCUUAAAAUUGCGUUUACUCCAGUUCCAUGCCUGGCAUCCAUCCUGCAGUUGAUGAAAGCACAUUAUUUCUUCAGCCCAGCCUGAUGCUGUAUCUGGUUCCCAGAGCCGGUCCCUGGAUCCCAUUUGGAGCACUCAAACCACCCCAUUUUGCAUUGGGUUCCUGGGACACAGAGCAGGUCCAAAAAUGUCUGUGUGAAGCCCGUAUUGCUGGAGGGAGAAGAAGAGGGGAAAAAUCAGACUUUCUUUUCUUGGGCUUUUCUUUGCCUGGUCUUUAUCACUGCCACAGGGAAGUGGGAGCGCAGGCUCAGAUGAAGUACAAACAUGAUCAGUAUUACCUGGGGGUGCCAGAAUGCCCCUGCGAUAGAGAGCAGCUGUAGCAAAUGGUGUGAGACUUGAUGGAGUUGUGUGGGGUUGGCCUUAGCUUCUUUCAAAUGAAGUGAUCAUCUCAACAUGUGACUUGAUGUCAGUUUGAUGCCAUAAAGCACUUUAAAUGAAACUGGUCUUGUCCCUUUUUAUUUUGGUUACGUGGAGACAAUCAGCUUUGCCAUUGUUCCCCGCUCCGCAUCCCCAGCAAAAUCUGAGCUGCAAGUAGGCAUAUUCCUGGUUUGGCUUUGCCCCAGGAGGGGAGGAAGGGCCAAGCUUUUUGUAUUAUUUUUAGACCAAAGUGGGUGUGAAUCCGACUACAGUCCCACUGCAGACAGGGUGAGUGGCAGGACCAGAGAACUGGCUUCUGAUGGCUCAGGUAUAUCCCCCCCCAGAGAGCCCAGGCCAGCAUCACUAUCAUCUUCCUCACAGCGGGUAGGGAAGCAGUCCCACCAGUGGUUUGCCCUCCAUCUCCUUUUCUUUGGAGAAACUCGGAGCAAAGGAGAUGUGAGGGGGAUGCAACCAAAUAAGUGAAGCGAGGCCCUUUCCAUGCACUAAGUUAUUUACCUUCCAGGCCAUUGGGAGACCUCCCAGGUGCCAUCCCUGGAGCAGGAGCUCUCACUGCCACUGAGGGUGGACUCUUCUCUUCACUCUUGACAUUUGACCACUGCUGAGAAGCACAGUAAUGCCACUAGCUUGUGCAGAUUUGCAAGAGCAUCCAUAGAGUCUGAUCAUCUUUGCACCUUCCUUGAGGCACUAGGAUAUCUCAAAGCUGUUGCUGAAACACCCAAAUCCAGUUCUUCCAAAUGCCACCGAGUCCGAAGAGGUUCAUCAGGUGCCAAAUCCCAAGGAAGCUGUCUAGGAUAUCUGUGGCACAGGGCAAGGGAGGACUGGGCUGGGGGCACAAGAGAGUAUCUGCUAAAAUCCCACAAAACAUUCCUUGUUAACCAGAACUCUGGAAAUUAUACUGCCUGCUGGCCAGGUUUGGGAAUUUAACAUAAUUUAAGGCACCCUUUUAAAUAAAAACCUCCCCUGCUGCUCAUAACUCUUGCUUCAUUUGCCAGAAGGGGCAGCAAUCGAUGAUUCUUGAUCUGGUGAUGCAGCUAAGUUUUAAAGAUAGGCGAGCUGAACUGGCUUAAUCUCGUACACCUUGUGCUCUUGAGUGAUGGGAAGCGUAACGCUGGCUCCCUUCCCACCUGCGUUUCCAGGGCUGGGUGCCCUUUCUUUCCACAUGCAUUUCACUGACACUGAUGCUUCGCCCAGAUAUAUUCAGCUUCCAUUGCUUGGGAGGGAGGGGGGAACAGGACAACAUUCACUGCUUUGCAUACAGCUAUAAGCUUCGUAUGUAUUUAAGCUGUCUAUAGGUAUCCAUCCUUUCCAUGCUCUAAAGUAUUUUACUAU